UCCAUGUGGUUUCACGGACAUGUAUGGUCUGCAUUAUGGAUAGACGCCUGCACGCAGAGCGCUUCGUCACGUAGGUUUGCUGUGCGGAAGCGAGUUGGUCGGACAUUUCGCAAAGAAGCCUGCAGCGAUUCACGCUCUGGUCUCCUUUAAAGUCAGCAACAGGUUACAGACAGCGCAGUCCAGCGUGUGGCGCGACGUACAGGUCCCGACACUCGACAGGUUCCGGAAAGAGAUUUAUCUUCUACCUCGACAGGUUUCCUGUGAUUCAGCACAGCGCGCCUCACAAUGGCGAACAUCACCGACUCCACGUGCGACUUCGGGCUCGCUCAAACGGAGGACGGAUGCGUACGAACGCUCGCGUCCUACGACCCGAGUUCCUACCACACAGUGCAGGCCAUCUACUUAGCGCUCGGCGGCAUCAGCGUCGCAGCAAGUGUGAUUCUCUACGUUCGAUCGGUGAAACACGAGGGCGCCCUUCUCCAGCAGUACAGCUUCCUGUUCUGCUGUUACGGUGCCGUGACGAUGGUUAUCCGUGGCGCCGACCCGCUCAGCUACGGAUAUGUCAUCCCGCGUCCGAUUAGCGCCUUCCUCGCCGAUACGUGCACUGCCGCUCUCUACUCUGUAUACAUCAUGGCUCUCGGUUACUGGGCCACCAUCAUUCAGCGCGGCGCUGCAGUUACCGACAAGCCUCCGCACUUGGUCUGUCUGGAGAGCAUUGCUAUCGCCGUGGUUUGGACAUUCCAGGUCUUGUACGACAUGUGUCUCUUCCUGUCCAAAGGUUUCAACCCGCAAGGUCUGGUGUACAUGCAGCUCACCGUAAGCGCCUGUAUGCUGGGUAUCAUCAGCACGGUCUUCCUCAUCUACGGUCUGCGCGUACUUAGCCGCUUGCAGCAGUACGAGCGACAGCUGAAGCUUCGUAUGCCGAGCAUGCAGUCGGACCGCAUGAUGUCGAACCGGUCCUUCGACUUAAACAUGAGUGACGACGAGGACGGCACACCCGUGAUGCGGGAUCGCAAGGCACGUCCUCGUCCACAGGAGGGUCACGCCACUAAGAUCAAGAAGAUUUUGUUCGUGGUGGAGUCGUGCUCGCUCAUCGUCGUGGCCGCACAGAUGUACAUGGCCAUCGACCGCACAAGCGACACCCCCGUCGAGUUAUCCUGCGCGAAUGGUCAUCAGUGUGAGACUGUCAAGUGCUCCGUGAAUCUGCUCCACAUCUUCCAGAUCAUGUGUAUCUGGGUCAUCCUAUGGACGUUCCGCAAGAUCCAAAAGAAGGCAGUCGUCCCAAGACCGCACACUGUCGCGUAAGGUGGUGGUCUCCGCGUUGUGCGUCUGCAACCUCCCACCUGGCGCGGCGCCACUAGAAGCAAGAACAGCUGAUAAAGUUGGCUCGGAUCGGAGUCACGAAUGUAUCUGUAGCGUGUGCACUAUCAAAAUGAAGCGUCAAGUGUGCUGUGUAAGUCUCGUGUCGAACCGAAGUGAGCCCAAGACAGGUAUUUGAGCUCUUGCUAGUGGGACCGGGUAUCCAGGUCAAGUCACUUAGUUGAAGUGAAACCUUCAAUCUUAUAUAUUAUCGAGAUUCACAUUCGCAAGCAGUAUCAGCUAAUAGAAACUACUCGCUAAAAUUUUGACGGCC